UCUGUAUGGAACUCCUCACGAAGCGCGCUGAAAGUAUCGAGUUUACUGGUCUUCUCAACCUUUUUGAGUUCUCAGUCAAACUUAACAAUAAUGAGCUCUUGGUUGUGUCCAAAUAUAAUUUGAUAGAACGCUUUCCAGCUUCGUUGAAUUGCUACGAUGCUCUCUGUAUGGACUCAAAAGCCUUUGAAUAUUACUUCAAAGCUAUUCAAGGAGCCUUGCCAGAAGUCGAACGGUUCAGGAUGGUUCAAUCUUACACCGAAAAAACCGAAAAUUCGGAUGGGGGUGACGAAGAAGAAUCUGAAGAAGAAAUGCCUUCGAAUUAUAAAAAGCGGCUUUUAAGCCACAUUAAUUACACAUCGAUGACUAGUAAGGAAUUUUAUGAAGUUGUUGGAAAAUCGCCUUUGUUAACUUCCCAGGAGAAAUUCGAAAAUCUUUACCUGACAAUUAAGUAAGAGCUCUUUCGUUUUGUAGAAAAAUAACCACCCAAGAACAACUUUUUGACGAACUAUUGAAAACUCCUUUAAUUUGGUCAAUUCUCAGAAAACUUGUAUUUGUUUUUUUCUUUAUUAACUAAGGCUUCUUAUAACACAAGUUGAAUACAUACAUAUGUAUAUGAAUGUACAUACAUAUAUAUAUUAAUCAAAAAUGUGUAAAGUACUACAUGAAUUGAAAACGAAUAAAAAUUGAAA